UUCCAACACGGAAGUAAUGUAGCAAUCCGAGUAUACGUCUGUUGUUCUUGUGUUAAAAAUUAAUAAUGCUUUAAGUACCCUCCAACGCCGUAGUAUAUCUUGGAGACAGGAGCAUUCAGGUAUUUUUCCUCUUGAGUUAUUGACUGCAGUCUGGUAUGAGAAAAUUACUUCCUACAACUUUGGGAAUUUUUAGGGUUCUUUUCCCCACAGUUCAGAUGACGUACAUUUUUGUUUAUGGGACUCUGAAAAAAGGCCAGCCCAACUACUACAGGAUGCUGGACAUUACUAAUGGUAAAGCUGAAUUCCUCUGCUAUGCCCGCACUGUUGAGAAAUACCCGCUUGUCAUAGCAGGCAAGUACAACAUCCCCUUCCUUCUCAAUGUUCCUGGGAAGGGCCAACAUGUCCGGGGAGAAAUCUACAGUGUGGAUGACCAGAUGCUGAAGUUCUUGGACUGGUUUGAAAGCUGCCCACAAAUGUAUCAGCGUACACGUAUCCUACUAGAGGUGGAGCACAGGAUUGGAGAGGGAGAGGGAACACCAAAAGUGGGGAGCACUACUGAAGCCUUUGUUUAUAGUACCACUACUUAUGAGGCAGAGUGGCUCCAGAAGCCAAUUUUUGACAGCUAUGAUGCAUAUGGGGAUCAUGGUCUGUGUUAUGUGACUCGUGAAGCCAGAGAAUGAUGCAAAAUUUGCCAUGACUAGUUCAGGUUGAUGGUUCUCAGACUGAAUGCCUAAUACAUGCCAGGUAAUAUUAAAAUGAGUAAAAUUACAUAAAUUAAUUAACUGAUGAGAGGUACAACACUGGAUUAAAAUCUCUUCUCUCCUGUUGCCAGCUUUUAGUAGAAUGCUAAUGAAAGUUUGCUCUUCUGCCUGUAGCUUCUUGCAGUACUUUUACAUGUUCACUCCAGUACCUCCAAAACCAUAAAAGUAGGUUUUUAUUCCAGACGCUGUUAUGGUACAUAUAAUAUAGGCAAUCUCCAUCCAUCAAGUCUUCAUCCAGUGAACACUCUAUGAAGCUGUGAAUAACAGUAACUUAAAACAACCUUAUUUGUGACUUUUUUGUGUCCUUUUAAACUCACAAGCAUAUGGAAAUAAAAAUGAGUAGACAGUUUUAAACAGCCUCCAGGGUCUAACACAAGCAGUUUCUUGUUAAGUUUGGUUAUUGUGCUAACAUUCCAAUAAACCUAGUGUUAAAACAUGA